AUUAAGUGAAUUACAAUUUCUUUAAGAGCCCCAAAAUAUCCCCAACUUAUUACUAUCCUUCUGGGGUUUGUCUUUGUUUCUACAAGAGUCAUGUGCCUUUGCUUUAAUCUGUUGGGCUUUAGCUUCGGAGGCGUGUGCUCGAGAGCGUACUAUCGUUGAGGCCGAAGCUAAAACCCUUGAUACCACCCUGUGGAAUAGACUGGUCGCUAUGGUUGUUGCCUCUGUAAGAGUACACACAAAGAAAGAGGAGAAAAAAAUAAAGAGAGAGAGAAAGAAAGAAUUUAACCUGUUGUAGGAGUGACCGCCGGCAACAACAGCUGCGCCAUACACCUUGCCGGCAACAAUUGACUGUAGGUGAUCAGGAUGGUUGUGGGUUUGAGUUUCCUGUUUCAUGAUUUUUGUUCAGCGCUUGCUAGGAAUGAUGAGAUGGGCACUUCCAGGUUCAUCAAGUGUGUUACGGUUGGAGAUGGAGCUGUUGGGAAGACUCAUCUUCUAAUCUCCUACACUAGCAACACCUUCCCAAGUGAUCUUCACACGAGGAAUACGAUUGGUGGAGGGUGUGAAAAGAAUGGAUUAUAUUACCUCAACAAUGGCUGUCCUAUCUCUUCUGAUGUUGCUACAGCUAUUGGAGACGUUACUCCCUUCCAAUAGCAUUAUCAUUUAGGUCAUUUGUCACUUUCUAGGUUACAACUUUUAUUUCCUAGCU